AUGGAAACCCGCUACCACCCCUUCCCCCCCCAAAGAAAAGGCCCGACUAUUCCAGCAGGACAGGGAAAACACGCGGCGCGGAGGCGGGAACCCCAGCAGCCAGGCCGGCAGAAAGCCGCGCCGCCGCUAAAAGGCUCCACGCGAGGCUCGACUGACGGGAAGCCCCCGCCCGGAACGCCAAACCCCGGGACGAAGCCUCCAGCAACGAGGCCGCCGCCCGAGGAAGAUCCCAGCCCAGACCAAACCGCGCCGACUCCCGUCGGCCGAGGCAAGCCGAAGCAGCAAAGCGGAGCUGCUGCUGGCCGAGGAGAGCGGGCCCGACGCAGCCCAAAGAGCAAGUCGCGGCCUAUUAAAGAUCCACAUUCUGCACUUCAACAGUAUCAUCAGUCAGGAGACCUCUUUAUCGGCGGCAUUGCUUCCCUGAGCUUCAACCACAAUCAAAUAGAAUUCAAAGACUAUACCCAGCUGGCAUUGAUUGACAACUUUGAUAGUGUACCCAAGAAUUACCAGCACAUCCUGGCUUUGGCAUUUGCAGUAAAGGAGAUCAAUGAAAACCCUCAGAUCAUGCCCAAUGUCUCCUUUGGAUUCCGCAUCUAUGACAGCUAUUUCAAUGCAAGAUGGGCCUAUGAUGUCACCAUGCGACUUACAUCAUCACAAAACCAAUUUGUCCCCAACUACAAAUGUGACACCUGGAAUAAUCUAAUAGCAGUCAUUGGAGGUCUGGACAGAGAAAUCUCACUUCAUGUGGCAACAAUCCUGGGUACCUACAAGAUCCCACAGCUCCAUGACUUCCUUAGAAGGGUUGCAUUUAACAACAGUGCUGGGAACCAAAUUUCAUUCAACAAGAAUGGAGAGUUGGUAGCUGGCUAUGACAUUAUGAACUGGAUUUUUGCCUCAAACCAAUCCUUUCACAGGGUGAAGGUUGGGAGAAUGGGUCCCCAAGCUACUCCAGAACUCAUGUUCACCGUCAGUGAGUCAGAGAUAACAUGGCCGAGCUCUUUCAACCAGGCGCUGCCUAUUUCUGUAUGUAGUGAGAGUUGCCAUCCUGGCUACAGCAAGCAAGUGAAGGAGGGAGAGGAAUCUUGUUGCUAUGAUUGCAUCCCAUGCCCAGAAGGGAAGAUUUCAGACCAGAAGAACAUGAAUGAUUGCUAUAAAUGCCCAGAUGAAAAAUUUGCAAGCAAAAAUCAGGAUUUAUGUAUUCCCAAGGAUGUCUCUUUCUUGUCUUAUGAAGAACCUUUAGGAGUCAGCUUAGCCUUUUUUGCUCUCUCUCUCUCUUUGAUCACAGCUCUGGUGUUGGGAACAUUUAUAAAGCACCAGAACACUCCCAUUGUCAAAGCAAACAACCGGAGCCUCACCUACACUCUCCUCAUCUCCCUUCUGCUCUGCUUCCUUUCUGCCCUGCUGUUCAUUGGCCAGCCUGAGGUGGUGACCUGCUGCCUCCGCCAAACUGCCUUUGGCACCAUCUUUUCAGUGGCCAUUUCUUGCAUACUGGCAAAGACCAUCACUGUGGUCCUGGCUUUCAUGGCUACCAAACCAGGAAGCAGGAUGAGGAAAUGGGUGGGGAAAAGACUGGCCAACUCCAUCGUUCUUUCCUGCUCCCUUGUCCAAGGAGGCAUUUGUGCUGUGUGGCUAGCAACGUCUCCUCCGUUCUCAGAUGUUGACAUGCACUCAGUCACUGAAGAACUAAUACUGGAAUGUAAUGAAGGGUCUGUGGUUCUGUUUUACUGUAUGUUAGGAUAUCUGGGGUUCCUGACUUUUGUUAGCUUCACUGUAGCCUUUCUAGCUAGGAAGCUGCCUGAUACUUUCAAUGAAGCCAAGUUUAUCACCUUCAGCAUGAUGGUCUUUUGUAGUGUGUGGUUAUCCUUUGUUCCAACCUACUUGAGCACGAAAGGAAAAUAUAUGGUAGCUGUGGAGAUCUUCUCUAUCUUAUCUUCCAGCGCUAGUUUACUUAGUUUAAUUUUCUUCCCAAAGUGCUAUAUCAUUUGGUUGCGGCCUGACUUAAACAACAGGGAAGGAUUAAUAAGGGAAAAAAACAAAACAAAUGACUGUCAUUUGCUCUCUCCGGUAUCUUUCUGA